UUAAGACCACUCCAAUGGACAGAGAACGACGACAAGACCGGCGUUAUUCGUCACAUGGAAAAACAGGACCGCGGGAACGACCUCAGCUUCAACAUCGAGGACACAAGGCGUACCGGUACGAUCGAAGCGGAUUCCUAGAACGACCUCAGCUUCAACAUCAAGGACACACGUCGUACAGGGCGGGGUACGAUCUUGGAAUAAACAUGCAAGCGUCCGAGAUGAUCAAAAAAACGCCUCUACUAGGAGAACGUCGAGACCGCCAUCCUCUCCAAGAACCGCGACUCGUAGAGGAUGUGCCGCGACCUACUACAACAGGAGAAAAUGGGAAUUUCGAUGUUCCUUCUGAUGAAGUAGAAGAUGCAGAGUUGAUGUUGAGGAUCAUUUAA